CGAGGGGCUCGUCGAAAGAGAAAUUUUGUGACUAGAUUCCGGAGUGAGAAUGCGGAGUGGAUAUCUGAUGAGACCGGGAAAGCAGCAAUUGCUAAUUCCUUUUACCAUAACCUUUUCACGUCUGAGAACCAGGUUCACGACAUGGCAAAUAUGGUAGGUGAUCUCCCUAUUGCCCAUUGUGUGACUCCUAAGAUGAACGCUACUCUUACCGCUGAGGUCUUGCCGGCGGAAGUUCCGAGUACUGUGUUUUCAAUGGGGUCAAAACAGGCACCGGGUUCUGAUGGUUUUACGGGAAGUUUUUCAAGGCCUUUUGGGAUAUAGUAGGUGACUCGGUCAUUGAAGCGGUCACGUCCUUCUUCACGACAAGUCGGAUGCUGCGAAGUUUCAAUCAUACUUUGUUAACUCUGAUCCCUAAGGUGGACAAUGUCGAAAACAUCAAGCAGCUGCGCCCGAUUAGUCUAUGUCAAUUUGUGUAUAAGAUUAUUACCAAGAUUAUGGCAGAAAGACUGGCGGGGUUCUUACCUGAUAUUAUUUCGGAAGGUCAAAAUAUUUUCAUUCGUGAAAGAUAGAUAGUUGAUAAUAUCCUCCUUGGUCACGAGUUAAUGCACUAUCUUAAAAUCAAAACCCGAGGGAAGAAAGGAUACAUGGCUCUGAAGGUUGACAUGGAAAAGGCCUAUGAUAGAGUUGAAUGGUCCUUCCUGCUGGCGGUUUUGGAAAAGAUGGGGUUUGAUGCCAGGUGGCGAGGUUGGAUACACGAGUGCCUCCGGUCCGCCUCUUUUUCGGUUAUGAUGAAUGGUACUCCUUCGGGCUAUUUUGCGCCUUCCCGGGGACUUCGUCAGGUUGACCCCUUAUCCCCUCUUUUGUUUGUCAUUUUCUCAGAGGGGUUUGCGGCCCUGCUCAGAAAGGCAAUCUUGGUAGGCAAUCUCGAGGGGGUAAAGGUGGCACCCCACGCUCCUCGCAUUUCGCAUCUAUUUUUUGCAGAUGACUCCUAUCUCUUCUUGCGAGGCUCUCUCCAAGAGUGCGAGAAUCUCAUUGAGGUGUUGAAUGAAUAUGAGGAGUUGAGCGGUCAAAGGGUGAACCUGGAAAAGUCUGCGGUAUGCUUUAGCAAAAAUAUUGUUGUACCCGAUCAGGAGUUUCUGGCUCAGAUUUUGGGCGUGGGAGCAGUUGGGGUCCAUGAUAAGUACCUUGGGCUCCCAACCUUGAUUGCUUGAUCAAAAACGGCCACGUUCCGUUAUAUUGAGGAGAGAUUGUUGGCUCGCUUACAAGGAUGGAAGCAGAAAACCCUGUCCUGGGCUGCUAAGGAGACGUUGAUUAAGUCUAUUGCGCUGGCCCUGCCGUUACAUGUAAUGUCUUGUUUUAAGUUACCUCUCUCCCUGUGUCAGUUGCUAGAUAAACAUGUGGCCCGGUUCUGGUGGGGUGAAGGGGAAGACCGCCAGAGGAUCCAUUGGAUUUCUUGGAGGGCUAUAUGUCAAAGUAAGCAUGAUGGGGGUAUGGGAUUUAGGAGGUUUGAGCAGUUUAAUCAGGCAUUGUUGGCCAAGAUCGGGUGGCGUAUUCUUAAUGAGCCUCAAUCUCUGUUAGCCCAAGUCUAUAAGGGCAAGUACUAUCCUAGAGGGGAGUUCCUGUCCGCCACGGCUCGUUCUCGCCCCUCGUGGGGGUGGCAGAGUAUUCUCUAUGGCCGACAAUUGCUAGAUAUGGGUCUUCAGUGGCAGAUUGGGAAUGGCCAUUCGUCUUCUCUUCUUAAUUCCAAUUGGAUUCCGCGGCUGCACCCUGUUCUUCCAGUCUAUAAUCCUCAGGUGUUGCCGGAUGGGGGGGACCUGAAAGUAGCGGAGGUCAUCUGUCAAGAGGAGGGGCGAUGGUGUGAUCGCAAACUUAUUCAAUGGUUUGACUCACCCACAUGUCAGGCUAUUAAAGUAAUCCCUCUUCCUCGCCAGGAUGUUCCGGAUAAACUAAUUUGGCAUGCGACCAGUGAUGGGUUUUCACUGUUAAAUCUGCCUACCAUUUUGCUGUGCUCUUGGAUAAAUAGAUUGGGAGGUGGCGGGACAGGGUUAGUUGGCUGGAUCGACCUAGUUGGAUUCGUUUGUGGGAGGCUAAUAUCCCGCCCAAGCUUAAGGUCUUUGUAUGGCAGAUUUUUUCUAGAAUCUUGCCAACUAUAGAGGCCUUGCGGGAGAAGAAGGUCCUGGUUCUCCCUCGGUGCCCGGUGUGCUGGGCAGAGACGGAGACAAUGGAGCAUCUGUUUCUUGAUUGUCCGGUGGCAAGGGCUCUCUGGGAUUAUGCUGGGUUGGAGUAUCUAGGUCAAGGUCUUCCGCGACAUACUUUUCCGCUCUUUCUAAAAAGAGUGAUGAUGUUGAUCCAACAACCCUCUUUGUUUCUUAAGGUGGUUAUAGAACUCUGGCAAAUUUGGCGCUCACGUAACUGGGUGGUUUUUUAGGGAAAGCAGUUUGGGUUCCCAGCCUUAGUAAGGCAGCUUAACCAGCAGUUUGAUGAAUGGGAUCGUCCGCCGAAGGACUGACACGGUAAAACACAACACAUGGCCAAGUGUAACCAAUGAAAAGCACUGCAGUAUAGUGGCACAAGUAAUAAAUAUCGAAUCCACGG